GCCGAUUGUGGGGUAUGGGGAGUCUAGAUCUCACCAUGCCGCCUUGUUGGUUUAGCAAGGGGGUUUGAGCAGGGUCAAACCCUUGGAGAAGAAAAACUUGGAAAGGCCGUUGAUGGUGGUUGUUCAUGCAGGUGAGACAAUCUAUAAAGACCACCAACCUGGACAUCCCCAAAGCCGGUGUGAGUCGAUCAUCAAGAGGUGAGGUGAGCGAGCCAAAUACACUACCAAGAAGACAAUCCACAUCAUCUUGGCGCUUCUCACAAUUGUCAAUUCGUCUCCUCUGGUGCUUUCUUAACUGCAUUGCAACACCACAACUCCACUGCUCCUGUCGAUCUUCAACAUGGAAAAGGGCGCCGUGUCCACUCUCCACGAGGAGAGCCUCCCCAUUGAGGCGGGGGAAAAGGCUGGGAUCAACGAGAUCGCGGAUAACGCGAAGAACGCCGCCGAGCAUGAGCACGAGCUGACGCCGAUGCAAGCUGUUCGAAAAUACCCAAAGGCUAUCUUCUGGUGUCUCCUCAUCUCGGCCUGUGUUAUCAUGGAGGGUUACGACACAAGCUUGCUCGGUAACUUCUACGCGUAUCCCGAGUUUGCGAAGCGAUACGGAAAAUUCAACGAAGUCUCUGGCAACUACCAGUUGACGGCGCCAUGGCAAGCCGGCCUGAGCAACGCCUCUGGUGUUGGCUCCUUCUUCGGAACCCUUCUCAAUGGUUACCUCGUCCACAAGUUUGGCCAUCUGCGUGUCAUCUCGGGCGCCCUCUUCUUCCUCAGCUGCUUCGUCUUUAUCGUCUUCUUCGCCCCCAAUACUACUGUGCUUCUAGUGGGUGAGCUGCUUUGCGGUUUCCCCUGGGGAAUCUUCGCCACGACCGCCCCUGCCUACGCGUCUGAGGUUUUGCCCAUGGCACUGCGAACAUACCUUACCAGCUGGACGAACAUGUGCUUCAUCAUUGGACAGCUGAUUGCGUCUGGAGUUCUGGCUGGAUUGGUCAACAACACUACUCAGUGGUCGUACAGAAUCCCCUUUGCCCUUCAGUGGUUCUGGCCUGUUGUCUUGGGCCCUAUCCUCUACUUCGCCCCUGAGACUCCGUGGCACCUUGUCCGAGUUGGAAAGAUUGAGGAAGCCAAGCAAUCUCUCCGGGCUCUGCGUACUAACCCCACUGAAGAGGAACUUCAAGAAUCUCUCAACCUCAUCAUCUACACUAACAACCUCGAGGAGCAACUUGAGGUUGGAACUUCGUACUGGGACUGUUUCAAGGGCUUCGAGCUGCGCCGAACCGAAAUCUCGUGCAUGUGCAUGGUUGGCCAGGUUCUUUGCGGUAUUUCCUUUGCUUACAACUCGACCUACUUCUUCCAGCAAAUCGGCUUGACCCCUACGCAGACCUACCACCUUAACGUUGGCGGUACUGGAAUGGCUCUCUUCGGUACGCUUGUCUGCUGGUUCUUCAUCAUGCCCAACUUCGGCUACCGAACCACCUAUUGGGUCGGAAUGGGAGGCAUGUGCGCCAUUCUCGUCCUCAUCGGCGGCUUGAACGCCCGCACCAGCGAGCACUCUUUCGCCAUGGCUCAGGCCGUUCUCACCCUUGUCUGGACUCUCAUCUUCCAGCUUUCUGUCGGCCAACUUGGAUGGGCUCUCCCUGCCGAACUCGGAUCCACUCGUCUGCGCCAGAAGACUAUCUGCCUUGCCCGAAACUCAUAUGCCAUCACUGGUGUCGUUUCUGGUGUUCUCCAGCCUUACUUCAUGAACCCCUCCGAAUGGAACCUCAAGGGAUACACCGGCUUCGUCUGGGGUGGCACUUGCUUCUUGAUGACUGUCUGGGCUUAUUUCCGUCUCCCCGAAUCCAAGGGCCGCACUUAUGAGGAGCUUGAUGUCCUCUUUGCUAGAAGGGUCCCUGCUCGCAAGUUUGCCAACUACAAGAUUGAUGCCUUCAACGACGACACCUUGGCAUAAACGUCUCUUUUUGCUUAGAGGGAGUAGGGUUUUGGGUAGCGCGCUGUCAGCCAUGUAAGGGGAGAUGCGCCUCUAAGCGGAGAAGGGAUCAUGAUAACAUGGAUGCUGAUAUCGACUGUACGGCGAGUCAUUGGACUAUUCCUUGCUAGCGAAACUAUAUGCAUUUAGUGCUUGGGAAUGUUUCGGUGUGAUGUUUUACCGCUUAUGAUGCAACUUCUCGUCGAGAAUGGCGAUGGAGUGUGGGGUUUCUUAGUUACGGCAACUUAUUUACUCUAGUUGUUCAGAUUUAAUCAAAGAUGUUACGAUGCA